GCGAAAAACAGCGUCGGGUUCUUAUGGAUGUGUCAUAAUCGUAUGAUUCCACUUUGGUGAAAGUUGUUUUAACUGUGUUUUCUACGAAAAAUGUCAUUCAAGGCACUAGUUUGGGAUUUGACUAGCAACACAUAUUCAUCCGCUUCCACAUGAGUGUCAAGAGCACAGCAGUACCCGGAUGGACUGUCAUGGCCGCCGUCGCUGUGGUUCCACAGAGAGGAGAGAAGGAAGGCAAAUGUUUCUACUGUGUGUUUUUUUCAAGCUUCACCUUCUUCUCAUAAUGUCGGACGUUGACCGGACGCCGCAUCAACUUCCAUCGAGUUCAUAGCAUAGUGGCCACACUACAAACUGCUCAUCUUCAGAGAUGACAUGCAUUAAUGUUUGACUUGUUCCUAUAGGAAUCCAGAUAUCUGCAAAUCUACAACUAUGGAAGAAGACCUCAUUAUACCUCAUGAUUCUGCCAAAAACUGCAGCAUAUCAGUAAUAGAGGAUGAAAAAGAAAAGGUAAAAGACUUUGUGUAUAAGCAUUUCAGAGAAGUGACAGAUGGGUCACUCUUCAAUAAUGCAGAAGAAUCAUCAAUUAAGGAACAUGGGAGUUCCACCAAGAAAGAGAAACAAACUCUCAACAAAACCCACUGUAAAAUUCAGCAGGGGGCUGUUUUCUCUGGAAAGAUUCUGAGUUUCGGGUGCUCAGUGUGUAAAGAUGAUUCCACAUAUAGCCCCAAUGAUCUCCUUAAACAUUUUCAAGCGGCUCAUAAAGGAACCCUUCCUACAUACCCUUGUGACCUGUGUGGUUUUGUCACAAACGAGUUUCCUGCUCUUCAGCGCCAUCGGAUUGAGCACAGAAAUACUCUGGUUACAUGUGAGCUCUGCAAUGAUGAUGUUCAGUACUCUCUGCUUUUGCUUACCAGACACUACAUCAUGUGUCACAGUCUAAAUGGACAGUUUAACUGUGACUGGUGUGAGUUUACUACUGUGGAUGCAGGAACAUUCGUCCAGCACAUCCAUCAUCAUAAUGAGAGUCCUUGGAAAUGUUCAAAAUGCAGACAUAUCAGCUUGAACGAAGAGGAUCAUCAGAGGCACGUGAAAGCUCACUCAGGUACAUUCCCCUUCACUUGUCAGAUCUGUGGAUAUGGUGCGGCAAGAAGUGAGUACCUGAAAAAACACACUGCAGCUGUUCACAAACAGGAGGCUGAGAGAAGGAAUGCAUGGAAGGCUAUAGAGGACAGUGGCAUGCCAGCAAAUUCAUCUGCAACCUUAAAACUUUUGCUGAAAAAGAGUGGUGAAUCACAAGAGACUCAGAGGAUAUCAAAACUGAACUGUCUUUCUGGGAGUUUAACAAACCAAAAUGGCAGGAUAAUCAAACCAGAGUUGUCCUUAGAGGAGACUCACCACUUUGCGGAUGGGACAGCAGCAAAAAAGGACAACAACAAUUGGAGUAAGGGCUCUCAUAACACAGAGCUGACAACACCAGUAAUGUUACAGGAAUGUGACAACUCUACAAACUCUGAUGCUGCAAGUCACACAAAUCCUAAUGGACUGACUGUUCUGAUGGUUAAGAACAAAAUUUCUCUUCCCCCCAAUUGUACAACCAAAGUGAUGGGGUUCAAAAUGGUUGAUGGGAAAAAGCAUUUAGUUCUCAAAGUAAUCCCAACAGCAAAACAAGAUUCAUCCAUUCAGAACCAUUCCUCAGUUGAAGAUGUGGGUUUCUUGGCACCAAACCCUGUUUUGGAUAAAAGUAAAGACUCUGUUGAAAAUGGGGAAUGCUUUGAUAGCAAGAGCUCCACGUCACAUUGCUUUGCUGUUUCACCCAGAGGUGGAUCAUGCAUACAGAUGGAUCAAGAUGAUAUUCUGGCAGUAAAGGUAAAGAUUGAAGAGGAAGAAACCUCUGUUUGCAACCUUGAUCCCACCAACGUCAGAGAUGAUGUUGGGGAACAAACUAACUAUUUAGUAAGUUUGUCUUCAACUUGUGCAGAAACAUUAUAUCCCAUGACAAAUGAGUCUGAUCAUGUGGGUGACCAAAGUCACUCAAGUCAAACAACCUGCUCAGAGAGAAAUACAUUUGAUAAUAGCUCAGUCUCUGCAACGUCAAAUUUUGAUGCAACCAGCCAUAGUGGUUCUAAAAUCAGUAAUACUUUAACAAUGUGUGCUGGUAAGGUCACUGGUUUAUCUUCAACUUUAGAAGUUGCUAGAGAAACAUUGCUCUCUGAAUCAGUCUCAAAAAAAACUGCUGAGAACUGUGGGGCUGCAAAUGAGUUAUCAUUUACUGACACAGUGGCAGAUCAACUCACUGAUGAACAUGAAAGGAACUCUUCUAACAGUGAUGACCAAUCUUCUCAGAGUACUCCAGAAAAGAGUAAUAGGGUCAGAACUGAGAUUAAAUGUGAAAAUGGUCAGCAAAAUUUUAAAAAGCUUUCAACAAAUUGGGUGCCACUAUCAGAGUCAUCCCCACCCACUUCAGGUAGUCACAGAGAUAGUGACACGGGCCCCGAAAACUGCACUCAAAAGUCACUCAACCAAGAAGUAUUUAACUUUCACAACUAUUCUAAGGAAACAUUUGGUACUUUACCUAACACUACCCAAAGCUUUGACAAUAUGUCUGAACACUUGGCUGACAAAGAAAGUAUUUGCGAAUCAUCACAGUUUAGCUUGACAUUGGCAGAGUCUCCAGAACCACUCAUGGAAAGUGGAAAUGGAGAAGAACCUCAAGAAAAAAAUCGAGAGGGCAUGAGGAAGGUGUCAGAUAGUGACAUUGAGGUUCAUGAGUGCAUAACUAGAGUUGACGAUCCUCCGACGGAAGAUGAAAAUCCUGAGUCGGUGCUCCAAGACUUUAAUAUAAUUAAAAUUGAAGAGGACAGUAUUCCUAUAUCAAAAAAACCGUCAGAAACAAAGAAUAGUUCUAGUUCCUUUGGCAGUUUUGUGGAAGAACAUUCAGAUGCAAUCAUUACCCAACAACUUAAUAAGGAAAGAAUAACGUCUUCAAGUGCAAACAGUGAUUCCUUGAAACAAACAAAAACGACUCUACGAAUUCUUCAAUUGCCAGAGGGUAAACAGCAGGUACUCCUGAGGACUACUGAGAAUCGAUUUGCCAUGCCAAUGCAGGUCAAGACAACUCCAGGUUUCAAACUGAUAACCAAUUCUGCAAAUCCUCAAAUCAACGUAUCUUACAUGAAGCCGGGUGUAGAAAGAUCAAGUAACCAAACUGGUGUAACUUUUACUCCAAACAGCAGGAGGCUAGGUGUAUCAACACCAAAGACAGGAGCUGCUGAAAAAGGGACAUCUCUUCUCUCUGCUGUUCAACCAGGUCUUGGCACCACCUCAAAUCACUACCUUAUCAACAGCCCAGGUUUUAAGGGUCCUGUACUCCUUUCAAGCACACCACAUAAUACACCUACAGACAGAUCAUCAAAGACACAGCCUACUUGCUACUUGGUACAGAGGUCUGUUCCAUUCGCUCACACCCCCAGUACUCCUGGUCUGAGACUGGCAAGUACACAACUCCCACUGAACUCACGGCCAGUUCUGGCCAUGCCAUUGAGCUCUGCAGACAAACCAAGCACUGUGCAGCCUGGUCGUCAAGCAUUCUUGCUUCGGUACAUUUCUCCACCCAAAUCAGGCCUACUUCUGAACAACCAAGAGGCAAAGACUGGGGCUCAGUGUAGCCAAACCAGUGAAAGUACUGGAAACAAAGUCAUAUUUAAAAUUGUCACCCCUACCGGUAGCCUUCUUACCAGUGGUGGUCAAACCUCAAGCAGUCAACCUUUGUUUUUGGCCACCAGACCUCAGACCCAGUGUUUUCUGGUGUCAUCAAACAAAACUAGUGCAAAUGCCUCCAAUGGAGUCAAGAAAUUGAUCACCAUACAAAAUACUGCACAGAAAGAUGUCAAGGAGUCUUGCAUUUCACCCUCUCAGAUGAAUGUAAAGGUACAACAAUGUGAAGCAGAGAAACCUAUUCUUGCCCCAAGGCCAAUUCGGCCUCCAAGCCAAAGGAAAAGGCGCAGGAAACCAUUAUUUGAUGAACUUCCAGCACCGGUGCAUAAAGCUAGAAGACUCACAAAUAAAGUACUGACUGAGAAAGAGACUGCUGUCUUAUGGAAGCCUGUUGCCAAAGAAGUUGAAAGAACGCUGAGACUUGCCCCAUUCAGCGCCGUACAGCAGAUCAAAUGUCCUCGUAGAUACCAACCUGUUGUGGUGCUCAACCAUCCAGAUGCUGACAUUCCUGAAGUGGCCAAUAUCAUGAAGGUAGUUAACAGGUACAAAGGUGCUGUUACUAAGGUCUCUUUGUCUCAGAAAACGAUCCAAGCCCUCUCUGAGCUUGGUGCUCCAGGGAAGAAUUACUCAACCAAAAGUGUGUCUUCUCACAUUGAUGAUCCAAGACCUCGGCCAGUUCAGAGUUCUGUCCGAGAGCGAUUCCUUUUGAAACUAAAGUUAAGGAAAAAAAGCAAAAAAAAGUAUGAGGUAGUGGAAACUUUAUCAGGUUGUAGACAAGAAUCUGUGGUGUUUGACUGCUGGUUUUGUGGUCGACUCUUCAACAGCCAAGAAGACUGGAUUGGACACGGCCAGCGGCACCUCAUGGAGGCAACUAGAGACUGGAAUAAACUGUUCUGAAGGUUUUCCAUCACCUUUUAAAUGGCUUGAUAUUCUUUCCUUUUAGGUGGAACAAAUGGUUGAAGUUGUAUAUUUUUUAAUGAUCUUCCUUAAUAUGUUUGUUCAAUUUCUGUUCAUGUAAAUACAUAUUCUUAGGUAAAUCAUAGUUUAUCUUUUCAUAGGUGUAUAUUCUGGUAAUGUACUGCUAGCAUGAUUUCCAUCAUGCAUGCACAGGUCAAACUGAACUGUGAAAAUGGUACACUGUAAUUAGGAGUCGUGGUAAGAGCACUGGCUUAAAGAAAGGGGACAAUAUCAGCAAAGGGUGUAUGCAGAGUUGGAUAAAAUUACUCAGGUGAUUUCAUAUUAACUUGGUUUCUCAUUUUUGCGCAUAAAUUAAAAAAAAAAAAGCAUAGGCUUAGUUUAAGGGACUUUUGUAUAUUUUAUUAUCCUGCACAAGGACAGGAAACUCUGUUUGUAUAGUUUAACUCUAAAGCUUGUAGACAAAUUCAAUUGUUUUGCGCUCUGGACGAAAAACUGUUCUGGUCCAACAUAUUCUUUUUAUGUAUGAUUUUUUUUUCUUUUUUUUUUAUUUAACAGAAUUUCAUUUUACACUAUACUAUUGUCAGGAGUAGUUUACAGUUUUCUUGUCAGGAUUUUUGUCAACCAGUAGCAUGCAUUUGUCAUAUCUUGAGUUGAGAGUUUUUCAUGGUAAUCUCUUUAGUCUGCCAAGUGUUGCAAAUAGACCAAUGGUCUUAUAACAUACUGUAUCUGUUAAACAGGGAUGCUUCAUGGCUCACUGCCAGUACUUGAGAAAUACAGAUCAACCCCAUAAUACACUCUAUGCAGUUUGAUUCAGAAUUACUUUUGUUGCCAAAAGCUCAGGCCGCUUGCUUGUGCACAUGUUUUGAGUCAAAUCUUAAAGGUCCCACGAAUUUGCUUUCACAUUGUACAUGUAUGUUGUGGAUUGCAAAUCUUUUAUGUUUUAUGAACAUGCUGGUGCGAGAUGUUAAAUUCAAGAGAGACUUGAUAUAAAAAUCUAUGUCAGAGACUGUAUAAAAAAAAUCAGGGCCUGAAAAUAAGAUUUUGGCAUCUACUUCCAAAACCUUUGUAUGCCACAGUUGGCACAGUUGCACUAUUUUAAUCCAUUUAUUAUUGAAAUGGUACAAUUUAUCAGUAAUUAUACCCCAAUUUUAAUGAAUAAGUGAUUAUUAAUUGAUUAGUGAUUAUUAAUUCUCAAAUUAAAGUAGGUAUUAAAAUAAUGGCCAAGUGUAACAAAUUUCCAGGUGCUUUUACGUUGCCUUUUGUUUUUCUUUUGAUCAUGGUUAAACUGUUGUCAAUGAAACACAACAGAACAGAUCUUUAACACUAAAAGCCUGUCAAGAAAGAAAUAAAAUCCCCUUUCAGCUGGUGAAAAGCUGUUAAUGUGAUGCAUCUGUACAAGAAGAAUAUCUUUUCAUUGACAGUAGCUUCACAGUGAUUUAAAAAAAAGAAAGAAAAAAGACUUGUCAACAGCAAAUUAGGAAAAGUAACCAUAAGGCUUUUCACCAAAAUAUGAUGAAAUAUUUAUAUUAAACAGGGAAAAUGGAAUUCCUGGUUAAUAUUUGAGAAUGCAACAUACACAAUCAUUUUUUCUGUUAAAUACACAUGCUGACCAGGUACACUAUUAUGCACAACUACUACUACUAUGUGCAACAUAAUGAUUUUUGCCAUUGUGUAUGGUUUGGCUGUUUACAUGGACAACCAAACCACAUGAAAUGGUUUACUGGUUCACAUCUGGGCACAUAUUCACAAAGCAUUUUAUUUUCCCACUAAGAGUACUCCUAAAAAGUUUUUAACUAAAAGAUUUCUCAUAAGUCCUAUUCACAAAGAAGCUGAGACCAACUUUUAGUAAGGAAAAGCGAAAACUACUAAGCUAAGAGUUGCUCUGUUAACUCUGUUGCUAUGGUUGACGCCAAUUUUCAUGGACUAGCUCCCUUGCAGGAACCACAGCAAUUGGUUGAUGAAAGACUGUGCUGGUGAAAACGCGUGCGCAACAUCCCACAGUAAUAAUAAUAAUAAAAAAAAACACUAAGAUAUAAAUAAAUAGAAAUUGAUAAUGGAUUAGGUGCUCUUCAAAAUGCAUCUGUAUGAUAAGGUUUGUGUCGACCAGGGAGAAUUUAAUUUUUCUAUAAAAACUUGAUUAUCUCAGUGGAAAAAAAAAAAAAAAACAACCUGUCCUAGACUGCCUAACUAAACAUGACUGGCAGCCUAUUAGCCACAGACUGUUGUAGCUGUACCUGUUAUGUAGCUGUGGUUCCAGUGUGGGUUGAGGUGUGUGAAGGUUUCCCCUGUCCCCGACCAGGUGACAUCCUUUCAAACAGCUGCCUCUAGUCACUCUCCAUUAAGAUUCAUGAAUCGUGUGUAGAUCCUGGACACUGUACAACAAUGUCUAGAACUGUAUAGGUAGCAUCAAACACGACCUGUGUGUUGAUGUUGUGAUUUCAUUUUCCUGUUUACAAAUACCUCCUCGUCUUGCGAUGGUGCAAUAAUUUUUACUUGCGUUUUAUCUCUGGCACUGAUCGCACCGGGUAGACUGGCAAUUGCCAUGAAGCUGCUUUGCUUCUCUGUAGUUGUUGAUCACCUAAAAGAAGUCGUAGGAAUUGUCCUAUGAUGUCGGGUCAGAGCGCAUUUAUUGUUUGGUGAAUAGAUCGACUUUUCUCUUUCACCAACUAGCACAGCGUUGCCAAACACUUUACCUCCGUACUGAUCGGGUUGUUUCGGUUGGUAGGAGAUGUUAUUGCAUCUCUCACACACUCCAUGAUGAUCAUUAUUCCCUUGUGAUUGAGUCGUAUCUUUUAAGUAAUUCAGCAUCAUGUAAGGUUUCCAGAACACUGCAACGUGGAAUGACAGCAGCUCUUUUAUGUUUCUUUGUAAUUUGGUCUUAGUGAGUUAGGAGUCCUCUCGACUACUUCUAACUUCUCCCAGACUUAGGAGCUACUUUUAGCGCUAAGUGGCUCUGUGAAUAGCUCUCAGUAAAAUGAAAAUAAGAGUUCUAAGUUAGGACUGACACGCCCAUUAUUCGAUCAAUCGACAAUUUAGGAUCUACUUUUAGCCUUAAGAUGUUUUGUGAAUACGGGCCCUGAUCAGCUACAGCAACUAGGCAGCCAAGAAUGUCAAGCCCUGUGUAACGAUAGACCCACUAUAAAAAUCACUCACUAUGAGCCACUUGGACCAUUACCACAGCUCUGUUGGAAAUGGAUACAAUGUUUUUGACCCUUGAACCUGUGUAACUGCUGCUAGUGCUGGUUAAAGUGAGGAUAAAGGUAAUUUUUAUGAUGGGAGGGGUUGGCUGGAUCACCCCAAAAUCUCAUUUUAAAGCAAAUACAAAAUGUGACUGAAGAAAACCUGUACGCUGUGCAGGAAUAGAUAAGGGUGUGAAACAGCAUUUUUGGACAGAUUUGCUAUAGAACAAACAAAACCAUGCACCCAGACCCAACACAAAAACAAAGAGGUAUUUUCUUCCCUUUAAACUGUUUUUGGUUCAAUAAAAGUUUCUUGUUGAUAUAAAAUACUCAGAGGUGAUUUCACAGUUACUCUUCUCUUUGUUUUUUCAAUGCUUUAUAAAAAGAAUUUGUAGUAGGAGACUUGAACGUCACCCAUGUACUUCACUUUCACCUUUUAAUUGCAUUACUAUUGUACUGUAAAUCCGCUUACUGUCAUGUAGUUCAGUAUACUGUGCAUAUGUUUAUUUUAAUGUUACAUUUGACAUACUUUUCUUACCUACAACAAGACAUAGACUGUAUUUUCUUCAUAGCUUUUAAUGAUUUUUAUAAUUUAACAUAAUGAUCCAACCAUGGAAAUGAAUGUUUUAUUCCAUUCAAUAUGCAAAACUGACUGAAUAAUGCAAGCCAUGCUAAUAUUUUUAUACUUCAAAAUGCUUCUAAACAGCCAGCCUCCAAUUACCGAAGUUCUGGCCUCAGCAGGGUCCACGUUUUGCCAAAAGUUCAUCCGAAUCAAUGACUCCAGUCAGCAACAGGGCAUUUUAUUCAAAGUUCAUUCUCUGAAUUUAUUAUGAAGUCUCUAAAUGGAGAAUCAGUACUCGGUCUCCCUCCCUGAUAUUUGUGAGUUACUAGUGCAACCCAACAUACUUUCACUUAGUUCAUAGUCUGUUUUUACAAGUUCUCCUUAAAAGAAAUUGUUACACCUUCUACUACAUACACUUGCUUGCUUUUUUUUAGAUGGAUAUUAAUCUCAUGUCUAUGUGUCAAAUACAGAGCUGAAGUAGGGACAUGGUUGGCCUAGCUAAGCAGACCCGGUCCAAAGUUCAAAAACAUACCCACCAACGCCUUCAGAGCUUAAUGAAGAUGUUCUAGCUGGUUCAUUUACACACACACACACACACACACACACACACACAAAACAGAAAUGUAAAAAUGCUGCAUAGAGGUGCUAUGCAGAUGGACAGGACAUCACUCACCCAGCUGUUGUUUGGUAGGGAAUAGUUCCAGCACGUAAUUCCCGCUAAAGCAACACAUUUCUGUUCCUACAUUCUGUGUGUACAGAUUAAACACACCCUAUAUAACAUGGAAGUUUGUUAGCUUGAAGUGUCUGGGUGUAUUUUUUAACUUUGCACUGAGCCAGGCUAGCUGUUUACUUCUGUUUGCAGUCAUUAUCCUAAACUAGGCUAAUCCUGACCCCAGCUCUGUACUUAACACAAACAGGAAAUCAAUAUCAUCUUAUAUAUAUGCAUAUCUCACUCUGAAUUUUCUUUAAUGAAACCAGGCUAGCUAGCUCCAAACAGCUAACUCCCCUGUGGUAAAUGUAACAACACCCCAGCCCAUUCAGAACCUUUGUAAAAUCUACCUUUCUUUACAAUGCAAGUUUAAUUUGCCAAUGAAGACUUCUCAGCUGCAUGGUUUCUGUUUUAUGAGGGGAAAAAUAAUCAUGACCUGACGUUCAGCCUGCAAAAUGUCUAAAAUCACAACGAUCCAUACAGUGUUACAGCCUUGGUUUAAGUUUAAGACUUAAUUUAUCUCCAAAAAUAAAUGCUGUUUUUUAAAUGGAAUUAUUCAAAUCAAGGGCUACAAUCUAAUAUACUGCUUACAUAUACUUGAAAUAAAAGGAUAUAAAGUAACUAAAGGUUCAUAAAUUGCACUUUUAUGUUAUUCAGAUUUUGAUUAUUGUUUUUAAAUGAAACAUUACUAAUUUUAGUAUUAUGAUGACAAUAUAACAUCAUUGUGUUUUGUCAUGUGUUUGAUCUAUCAGGCUGAUCACAAGGCUGACAGAAUUAAGCCUUAACUACAUACUUAAUGCAGUCGUUUAACAUACGUACUAGUUUAGUCAGUAUCAACUCUUUGGUAUCGUAACCAACCCCACUCAUACAGACUGCUUGAAUUGAUCACAACCAAAUGAAUGCAAAUAUUAAAUGAAGUCCAGGUGUGUUUUUGAUGGGUUGUUUGUUUCAGACUGAGCCACAUGGUUUCACUUAUAUGAUAUAAACAUACAGUACUUUUCUGCUACUUGUUCACUGCUCUCAGGCCAAAGAACUAUUUGGUUCUAUCAUGAACAUUCAAAAAGAAGUUUUGUUGUUGGGAUUUCCAACUGUAUACAAGAGUUCUGCACUGCGAUGUUCUAUAAAACCACUCAUUGUAUGGGGAUACACUACUAGACCAUCUUAUUUUGUCAGUUGUAUGAGCCUGAAAUUAAAAUUUAACUUUAAUCCAGGACAGCUCAGUCCCCUGCUGACCCCACCCACCUAUUAGGAUUAUGAUGCUUUACCACAUACUAUGUCAUAGGUUUCAACCCUCAAAUGCAGAACUCAUCAUGUACAGUAAACUGUUAUUGUCCAGCAGGCUGUUCAAAUCUUUACUGAAACUUUCCUCAUGCUAAGUGCCUCAAAUGUCCUUUGGCAGAUUGACAAUGUGUACUGUAUUCUUCUGUUUAACUUAGUGAUUCACUCUCCUCUAAUAAAUGUACAUACCUUAUGGAAAAGAA